UAUGCCUUCCUGUCGGUGACUGCCCUCCGUCCACUUCCCUCUGCUAAAUAAUUCCCUCCACUGGUCGUGUUUUUGGCUUUGUUUUAUUCGAUUUGGGUCUUUUGUGUCGUGAAAAUGCCUCUGAAGUUCGAGCUGUGUCCCGGUCGCCCGAUCGGUGGAAAUCAUCCGUGUUUUAUCAUCGCUGAAAUUGGACAGAACCACCAGGGAGACAUCGAGAUCGCCAAGAAAAUGAUCAAAAUGGCAAAGGAUUGUGGAGCCGACUGUGCAAAAUUCCAAAAAAGCGAGUUGGAGUACAAAUUCAACAAGCGAGCUCUGGAGAGGCCCUACACCUCCCAGCACUCCUGGGGCAAAACGUACGGCGAGCACAAGCGCCACUUGGAGUUCAGCCAUGAGCAGUACAGGGAGCUGCAGAAAUACGCCGAGGACGUGGGGAUCUUCUUCACCGCCUCGGGGAUGGACGAGAUGGCCGUGGAGUUUCUCCACGAGCUCAACGUGCCUUUCUUCAAAGUGGGCUCUGGAGACACCAACAACUUCCCCUAUCUGGAGAAAACCGCCAAGAAAGGACGGCCCAUGGUGGUGUCCAGUGGGAUGCAGUCCAUGGAGACGAUGCGCCGCGUCUACAAAACGGUGAAGCAGCACAAUGAGAACUUUGCCAUCCUGCAGUGUACCAGCGCCUACCCUCUGGAGGCUGAGGACGUCAACCUCAGAGUCAUCCAGGAGUAUCAGAAGGAGUUCCCCGACAUUCCCAUCGGGUAUUCCGGCCAUGAGUCGGGAAUCAGCAUUUCGGUGGCGGCCGUUGCUCUCGGGGCCAAAGUCAUCGAGCGCCACAUCACUCUGGACAAAACCUGGAAAGGGAGCGACCACGCCGCCUCCCUGGUCCCGUCCGAGCUGGCCGAGCUGGUUCGCUCCGUGCGGCUGGUGGAGCGGGCGCUGGGCAGCGGCGUCAAGCAGAUGCUGCCCUGCGAGAAGCCGUGCCACGACAAGCUGGGUAAGUCGGUGGUGGCCAGGGUGAAGAUCCCCAAGGGAACCGUCCUGACCGCGGACAUGCUGACGGUGAAGGUGGCCGAGCCCAUGGGCGUCGCCGCCGAGGACAUCUUCCAGCUGGUGGGGAAGACGGCGGCGGAGACCGUGGAGGAGGACGAGAGCGUCACGCCCGACAUGGUGGACAACUACGGGAAGAAAGUCAAACAUUGAGCUUAUCAGAUAAGUUAUAGAUUAAAGAAGGAAUUUCACAGUUUCCUCUACGGAUCACUGGAAUGAGGCUGGAGAUGACGCACAAGGAAGUGUUUUGGUAAUUCUUCUUGCUGCAGCUCAGAUUUCAGACCUUUGGUUAAUCAAUUACUUGUCGCAUAAUUAGAUUUUUACAUUGGAACCUUCUGAUACCUCAGAUCCUCCUGUAUCCAUGAAGCGUCCAUUUCUACAUUACUGCCUUAACGUGACACUAUCCCUUCCUUGCCAAGCAGCUCUUUCACAGAUAUGUAGACCUUUUCCUGUUCUUUGUGGGGAUUUUUUUUUUCUCCACCGUUUACAGGUUCAGAGCGGAAUGUUCGAUGCUGCUAUGCAUCAUUUGCACUGCAGUUUUCUGCCACUCGAAGUAAAAGUUGACUGACGACAUGACUGACGCUGCUGCAGCGAGACCACUCCGGUCUCUGACCUGUGACCCCGUUCACCGGCGUCACGAAGGGCUCGUAUCUGUAAAACCACUGUGAGAGAAACACGAAUCUUAAUCAGUUCAAGCAAGGAAACUUGAUCAAUCAUUUAUGCUUCAUUUGGUUCUGGUUCAAACUGUGUGUGCACUUUUUCAUUUCUUCUCUUAAAACACAUCAAAUAAUUUCUAAAACUCAUCUUGUAUUUUUUUUAAAAAUCAAUUACGAUUUAAUUUUGGCAUUAACCGUUUCCUUUUAUCAUCACUUGACGGUGGAAAAUGUGAGCAUGAGAGAGUAACAUGUUGAAAUCUGUUCAGGUUUGUGUGAGAAAUGAAGCUUCCAAAUAAAAA